AUGGGGUGCGAUGUUGCGGCCAUCCACAGUUCGAAUUCGGAGGUGGUUGGAGAAGUCUGGAGAAGUUGUGUCAAAUUUCCUCCUCUCACAACUAGACCGACCGUCGCCGGAAUCUCUAUAUUCCCUUUCCGACAGCCGCCGCCGCUCUGUGCUUUCCUAUUUGUCAUCGUCCUUUUCGUCGCCACUUUCUACACCCUCCAUCACCCAGACGCUACUCCUCAUCUCUUUUCUCGAAAUUCCCAUAAUUCCCUCAGUCUCCGCCGCCUCUUCCUCUCCUCCGCCUCUAACGCCACCAUCUCCUCCUACCUCCGCGCUUUGACCCGUCGUCCCCACCUCGCUGGAACAAAACCCUCUUUAGACACUCUCAACUACGUGCUAAAUCAUUUCCAAAGCCUCGGACUUGAGACCCAUGUCGCCGAAUACGAGGCUCUCCUCUCUUAUCCUGCGCACAUCUCCGUCACCGCGCGUUUUAGCAACGCGACGACGGUGGAGUUUGACUUAAACGAGCCCGUUGUCUACGACGCUCCCGGAGGUGACGAUCCCUCUUCCUCUCCUGUCGUUAGGCCUUACCACUCUUAUUCGCCGUCUGGGUCGGCGCAGGGUAACGUGGUUUUCGUGAAUCACGGCGAGGAGAGAGACUAUCGUGCGCUUGAGUCGAUUGGUGUGAGCGUUAGAAACUGCGUGGUUUUAGCGAGGAAGGGAGAUUCGUUGGGCAGGGGAGGUAUUGUGAAGAUAGCAGAGACUAAAGGUGCGCUGGGAGUGCUAAUAUACGCCGAGAACGACGGUGGUGGGACCGGCGGCAUUGAGAGAGGCACGGUCAUGAGAGGAAUCGGAGAUCCGGUUAGUCCGGGUUGGCCCGGAGUCGUCGGGGGUGAGAAAUUGAGCUCGGAAGAUGACCGGGUCACUCGGAGAUUUCCCAAAAUUCCAUCUUUGCCUUUGUCUCGCCACAAUGCCGAGAUCGUAUUGGCUUCCCUGGGCGGUGCUAGGGCUCCGGUGGGGUGGCGGAAUUCGGGUCGGGUCGGGUCUGGACAACGGGUUGGCCCAGGACGGACGGUUGUAAACAUGACAUACCAGGGGGAGAUGAAGAUGAAGAAAAUUCACAAUGUGUUGGCGACGAUAAGAGGGACCGAAGAACCGGACCGGUACGUGAUUCUUGGAAAUCAUAGAGACGCGUGGACAUACGGAGCUGUUGAUCCAAACAGUGGAACUUCUGCCUUACUUGACAUUAGCCGAAGAUUCGCUCUGUUGCUUAAAUCUGGUUGGAGGCCACGUAGGACCAUUCUUCUUUGCAGCUGGGAUGCAGAAGAAUUCGGAAUGAUUGGAUCAACUGAAUGGGUUGAAGAAAAUGUUGUGAACUUAGGUGCAAGUGCUGUGGCUUAUCUUAACGUAGAUUGUGCGGUCCAAGGCUCUGGAUUUUUCGCUGGCGCAACUCCUCAAUUAGACCGUCUUCUUGUAGAUGCCUUGAAGCUGGUCCAGGAUCCUGAUGCAGUUGGUUUGACAGUGGAAGAUACAUUCAAGUCUCAGAAUAACAUUAUAGAGAGGCUAAGUAGAGUAGAUUCUGAUUUUUCCGGUUUUCUUCAUCAUGCCGGGAUACCUUCUAUAGACAUGUACUAUGGAGCAGAUUAUCCUGUCUACCACACCGCUUUUGACUCCUAUGAUUGGAUGAUCCGCAAUGCAGAUCCAUUGUUUCACCGUCAUGUUGCUAUGGCUGGAAUCUGGGGACUUUUGGGAAUCCUCUUGGCUGAUGAACCUGUCUUACCGUUCGAUUACAUCUCUUAUGCAGAACAGUUACAAGCACAUAGAGAUGCAUUGAGCAAGCUCUUAGAAGGGAAAGUUUCUGUUAAUCCCUUAAGCGUGGCGAUACAAGAGUUCUCUUUUGUUGCUAAAGAAGCCGCAGAUGAAGCAAAGAGAUUAAAGGAACAAGCAUAUAGCAAAGAGAAUGUUGCAGCAGCGGCCAAGAGAAGAGAGCUAAAUGACAGAAUGAUGCUUUCAGAAAGAGGGUUUUUGGAUGCAGAAGGGAUCAAAGGGAAGGAAUGGUUCAAGCAUCUUGUGUAUGGACCCGCGGCUGAACCGGAGAGCAAGCUAGGUUUCUUCCCGGGGAUAGCAGAUGCAUUAGCGAUGAACUCAUCAGAGGGAGUUAUCGAGCACGAGAUAUGGAGAGUCGCGAGAGCGAUUCAGAGAGCAAGCAAAGCUCUUAAAGGAGGCUUCACAUGA